AUGCUCGAAGGAGCCUCCAACGACCACUACCUUAACCAUCCAUGUCGACGAAUUCGGGCAUACGUUAGACGCAAGCCCUUCAACGACGUCGGUAAUCGCUGUUUCUGUCACAGCAGCAACCUCGUUCUCCUUAAUAUCAACGACAUCCCUAUUGCAACCGCUGCCAUCAUUGUCAUCGCCAUCGUCUUCAUCGCCUUCACGGGCCUCGAAAAGGAUGCAGCCAGACCGUUAUCCCCAGAUCUCAUCUCAGGUAUAUCCAACAGCCUUUUUGGACACGGCAAAUAUGGCAUCUCGUACACAGCAUACAACGACGACGGCACCUGCAAAACCCAAGACCAAGUAGACAGCGACAUGGCACAACUCCGGCAAUUUGCGUUUGUGCGAUUCUACGGUGUCGACUGCAACCAGGCGCAAACCAUCAGCAAAGCUGCGCGGGGAAACAAUAUGCAAGUCUUUGCGGGUGUUUUCGAUAUCCAAAAUAUGAACAAUGAUCUCCAGAAGAUUAUUGACGCUGCAGACGGCGACUGGUCGACUUUCCACACCGUUUCGGUGGGGAACGAGCUUGUUAACAGAGGACAAAGCUCGCCUGCAGAGGUGAUUGGCGCAGUGAACUCUGCGCGUAACAGACUUCGUCAAGCAGGAUAUCAGGGCCCUGUGGUUACGGUGGAUACGUUCAAUCAGAUUAUUGCCCACCCUGAGCUGUGUGAUGCCUCCGACUACUGCGCGGCGAAUUGCCAUGCGUUUUUUGAUUCCAAUCAAACUGCCGAAAACGCAGGACCGUAUGUCCUCGAACAGGCGCGUCAGGUUUCCCAGGCUAUGAAGGAUGGAAACAAGGGGGUCAUUAUCACAGAAACAGGCUGGCCAUCUGCAGGUGAAGCGAAUGGUGCGGCUGUGCCUUCAAGACACAAUCAAAUUGUUGCGUUGAAGAGCUUGAAGCAGAGUUUCCCCGACGGAGGCGUCGUUUUCUUCAGCGCUUUUAAUGAGAAGUGGAAACAGGAUAAUGCAUGGACUUUUGGCACCGAGAAGAACUGGGGGCUGUUCGACUUUUCAGACACGAAGGACGCAAUUUCAGAAAUUUUGAAUCCAUUGAAGGGUAAUGGUGUGUAG